UCAUUGUCAAGACUCAAGGGAGAAGUCAGACAACAGACAGUCACAAAUCAGAAUCUGAAGAAUUAUUGUAAUUGUAAAAUAAAAGGCGCAACUUUUGUAUCUCGAUAUUAAAAUUCAGUUUCUUGUUCUUACAAUAUGUAUCCGUCGAAAAAUUAUAAAGAGGGGAAGCCGCAAAAAAAAGCUCCGAAAAAUGCUUUUUAUUAUUUCAUGAUUAGUUUUAAAGAGGAACAAGCGAAAAAGGGAAUUACUUAUAAAAAUAUGACUGAAGUCGCUGAGGCAGCAGGUGCUAUAUGGCCGGGCUUACCCCCAAGUGAAAAAGCAAAAUAUAAUGAAAUCUUAAAACAUGAAAAACAGAAAGCCAGGAUUUCUACUGAGAAGUAUACCUCCACUGGAGAACCUUUGUCCCUCAUCAAACAGAGGGAGAAGGAAAUUCAGGAAGCAAAAGAACGAGAAGAGAAUGAUACAACAAAUCUUGUCAAUUUGGGAGUGUGUAAUAACAGUCUAAUAACGAUGGACAUAUACAUAAUGGAUGUAAAUAGCUACUUUAAUGUCGACGACAGUUUUUAUGUAGGAGAGACUACUUUGUUGCGUUUCAAUAUCCUGGAUGGUAUCAAGGAUACUUAUCACACAUUUGUGAAUCCUGCACAUAUCCCAAAAGGAUAUACCUCGCAAAUAAAAUAUAGCUGUGAAACAUUAGGUUUAAUAAUGCCGGAUCAAACGACUCACAAAGAUUACAUGAAGAUCUUAGCACACACAAUCGACUACUUAAAGGGAAACAAUCCAAAGGCAAAUCAUUUGCCACCAAUAUUCACAAUAAAAGAUAAAACGAAAGCUGUACAGGAUUUUAUUUACAAAAUGUGUCAAUAUGCAGGAGAGGAUGAGACUAUUUUCCGCAUAUACAAGUUAGACUUAUUAUUCUAUAAAAUAAUGAAUGCGCUUCAAACAAUGCCAAAUGAAGGUUUUCCGAAGGAAUCGCUUGCAUCUAUGGAAUUAAAAAAAGAUAGCUUUAUGUAUACUCCUGGACUUGCUUGUGAGCACCACGAGAAGAUCGACCGCUCGGUGCAGUGCACGCAGUCGCGCGUCAAGCGCUGGGCCUACUCCGUGCUGGACAGCUGCUGCCCCGUCGCCGGCGUGCGCGCCGUGCCCGGCCGCCACGUGCCGCCCGACUUCGACCUCGAAGUGAGUGUGACCCGACGUGACUGUGACGUGACCGAGCUGAGCACUGUAGCAUGUGUCCUACUCCGUGCUGGACAGCUGCUGCCCCGUCGCCGGCGUGCGCGCCGUGCCCGGCCGCCACGUGCCGCCCGACUUCGACCUCGAAGUGAGUGUGACCCGACCUGCUGCCCCGUCGCCGGCGUGCGCGCCGUGCCCGGCCGCCACGUGCCGCCCGACUUCGACCUCGAAGUGAGUGUGACCCGACGUGACUGUGACGUGACCGAGCUGAGCACUGUAGCAUGUGUCCUACUCCGUGCUGGACAGCUGCUGCCCCGUCGCCGGCGUGCGCGCCGUGCCCGGCCGCCACGUGCCGCCCGACUUCGACCUCGAAGUGAGUGUGACCCGACCUGCUGCCCCGUCGCCGGCGUGCGCGCCGUGCCCGGCCGCCACGUGCCGCCCGACUUCGACCUCGAAGUGAGUGUGACCCGACGUGACUGUGACGUGACCGAGCUGAGCACUGUAGCAUGUGUCCUACUCCGUGCUGGACAGCUGCUGCCCCGUCGCCGGCGUGCGCGCCGUGCCCGGCCGCCACGUGCCGCCCGACUUCGACCUCGAAGUGAGUGUGACCCGACGUGA